CAGAAAGCAAUGGGUAGUUGCGCCUUAUCGUCAAAAAAGAGGAAAACGAUUUAUGAACAAUCUCCAAAAAUAAACAAGUCAUGCUUCAAUAUGAAGUAUGCAAUAGGUAGAGGUGGCUUUGGAAAAGUAUGGAAGGUUGAAUACAAAAGAGACAAUAAUAUUUAUGCGAUGAAAAUCUUAUCAAAGGCAAGAAUUAUCGGUAAAUAACUGAGUGAAAUCAAUUAUGAACGAAAGAAAAAUACUUGAAAUUUUGGACUGACCAUUCCUUGUAAAUCUCAAAUUCGCCUUCCAAGACCACCAUAAUUGAUAUCUGGUGACAGAUCUUAUGAGUGGAGGCGACCUCCGUUAUGCUUUUAUCCAAAAGAAAACUUUUACCGAAGAUCAGGCAAAAUUCAUAAUAGGGGCUAUAUUAAUCGGUUUGGACUAUAUUCACGACUACAAUAUCAUACAUAAUGACAUCAAGCCUGAAAACAUAGUUUUUGAUAAUGAAGGAUAUCCAAGGAUAACAGACUUCGGAAUUUCAAUCUGAAGCACCAAUAAUUGGGAUUCAAAAAUACUUCCUGGUUGUGAUGCACGUUGAAUUGGCACCCUCGGCUAUAUGGCUCCUGAGAAAAUAUUCAAUACAGGAUACUCCCGCAUGGUUGAUUUCUACGCUCUAGGCGUAAUUUUGUAUGAGUUCAUUCUUGGCAGAAAACCAUAUAAAUGAAAAGACAGAAAAGAGUUAAAAGAAAAGAUGAAGAAUGAUCCAGCCUUUAUUUCUAAAAGUGAGCAUCCUGACACAUGGAGUAGUGAUGCUAGAAAUUUUGCAAACAGAUUGCUCGAUAAAUCAGAAACCGACAGGAUAGGAUCAGAAGGAAUUGAAGAAAUUCUGACCCAUCCAUGGUUCGAUGACCUUGACUGGGAUAAGUUAGAGAAUCGCGAACUAACUCCUCCAUAUAUACCUGAAACAGAGUCUGAUAAUUUUCAUUCGCAUAAUGUGAACAAAACAGACAGAUGGAUGAAUGAAAACAAAACAGUUCUUGAAAAGUCAAAGCAAAUGCUAAGGCACCCAACAGUGCAAGACUUAUUUAAAGAUUAUGGGUAUUUUCCAUGCUAAAUUAAAUUUCAACAUCAAA